CUCUCAUUUGGCUUUAGUAGGAACGCACACCAAUAUGAGUGACGUCGCGCAGAUCCUGGGUCUUGCGGGGCCUAAGUCGGGUGCCAAUGGAGCUGCAGCGAGUGACCUGGACCAGCUUAAGCCGUCAGGUGCGUCACCUUCCGUACGAGGAAAGUCGAGCGGCAAUGCCAGCAAGCAGAAGAAGCUCACAGGCAUGCAGCGGGAGGUACUGGAGCUGCUAGAGAGCAGUCACCGCGCCAGUCACGCGCUGUAUCAAGGUUUCGGCAAAACAAGUCUGAAGCAAAAGUGGCAAGAACGCAAGAAGUCUCCUGCCGUCAAAUGGAUCCGUAAGUCCUUCCGGAAUCCAGCGCGUGCGGCGCUAGCGGGCGAGAAUGGGGAGGAAGGCCUGACGCUCACACACUGGGGGAAGGCCCACUUGGAGCAGCCCGACUACGUAUUUGCCAGAUUCAACGUUAAGAGUGAAGUUACCAGCUACACGGACAAGGAAUAUGAGGCAGCGCUAGCGCAUCAUCAAGACCCGAUGAUGAAGUGGAGCAAGGAGGAGAUGGAUCUGCUGAUGAAACUCUGCCAACGCUUCGAUCUGCGGUGGGUCGUCAUCUCGGACAAGUAUAAUUCCAACCCGAUCGCUAAAGGCGCACCGAGAUCUGUCGAGGAUAUUAAGUACUGCUACUACGAGGUGACGCGGCUGCUAGCUGAAUACAGAGACAAAAAGGAACUGGAGAAGAAGGUUUCAGCUGCCACCCCAGCAGCCAGUGCUUCCACUCCAGUAUCUCCUGCAGCGACCGGAGUAACGACUCCUGUUGCAACAAUUACUGAGACUGCAAGUACUUCAUCUACUCCAAUCCCUGCAACGCCUACUUCUUCUACGUCCGAGCACUACAAAUUCAACAUCGCCUACGAGAAACAGCGCAAGAGACAGCUGGAUCUCGCAUUCUCUCGGACUGUUGAGGAGGAGAACGAGAUUCGUCGUCUAAAUGAUGAGCUGCGAGGUGUGGAGCAGCAACUUAAGAAGGUGGCAGUUAGAGCAGAUCUCAAGAAGAAGAAGGAGCUGGCUGAUGUGCCUUACGAGAUCAAGCGCACGCUUCCCACGGGUGUAAUUCUACGGAGCUCGUUGCUAGCGCUUCCUCAGCAAAAACAUGCGCUGAGUGCCAAGCUGUUGAAGAAGCUGCAGCUUCUGUUAGAUGAGAUGGGCGUGCCUGCCCGUCCAAUGCCUACGAAGCCCGUGUGCGAAACAUUUGACAAGCUGCGUCAAGACGCUGUGGGAUUGCUAUCACUGAGGAAGCACCUCAAGAGUAAACAGAACGAAGUUCAAGCGCUGCGUGAACGCUAUCACGCGCUCACUGGCCAGGAGUACAAGCCAAUCACGACUCCCGUCACUAUGUCCGAACGACCAGGAGAUGCAGCGCUGGCCGACGGUAGUAACUCCGCUACUUCAGCGGCGAACUACACAUUGACAGGUGCGAAAUGUUGCUGUUCUACUGAUCGUUUGAUCCUUCUAAUCGUAUCGUGCUCAUGUGGAUACAGGCAAGACGUCAAAGCACUCGGAGAAGGCCAUCCGCGCCGCCAAGCGACGCAGCUCAAGCGGUCAUCCUGGUCUUCCGGCCAAACGCAACAAGAAAGUUCUCCGUUAAUCCUCUGAAUACCAAACUGAAGCUGACUUUGUGCUCAUUCUUCUGUCUCGAAAUCUGCAACGAAUAACUUGAAACAUUGUUCAAUGUAUCUACACCGCACUGCUCAUCAAGUCUAUCUAUUCUACAUUCGCCGAUGAUCAUGCGUAGCUAUUCCCUAUCUGUUUUUAUGGACAAUAUCACGUGCCCAUGGGGGAGA